ACACGGCUGCCAGCGCCAGCAGCGGCGGCAUGGGCAGCACCAGCCCUGGCCUGAGCAGCCUGGCCCCUGGCCGCCUCCUGCUGCCCCCCAAUGACACUGUGCUACGAACAGGCCUGGAGAAGGUGGCAGCAGGGGCAGGGGUGGAGCCGGGAGUGUCAGAGAGGCGAGACUGGAGCCCCAGCCCACCUGCCACACCUGAGCAAGGCCUGUCCACCUUCUACCUCUCCUACUUCGACAUGUUGUGCCCUGAUGACAGCAGCUGGGUGGCCAAAGCUCCUGGAGCCAGCAGCCGAGAAGAGUCGCCCGAGGAGCCAGAGCAGUGCCCGGUUAUUGACAGUCAAGCCCCAGGGGGCGGCCUGGACUUGGUGCCCGGCGGGCUGAACUUGGAAGAGCAUUCGCUAGAACAGGUGCAGUCCAUGGUGGUGGGCGAGGUGCUCAAGGACAUUGAGACGGCCUGCAAGCUGCUCAACAUCACGGCAGACCCUGUGGACUGGAGCCCUAGCAACGUGCAGAAGUGGCUCCUGUGGACCGAGCACCAGUACCGGCUGCCACCCGUGGGCAAGGCCUUCCAGGAGCUGGGCGGCAAGGAGCUGUGCGCCAUGUCAGAGGAGCAGUUCCGCCAGCGCUCACCCCUGGGUGGGGACGUGCUACACGCCCACCUGGACAUCUGGAAGUCAGCGGCUUGGAUGCAAGAGAGGACCUCCCCCGGGGCAAUGCACUAUUGUGCCUCGACCAGCAAGGAAAGCUGGACAGACGGCGAGGUGGACUCCUCCUGCUCCGGGCAGCCCAUCCACCUGUGGCAGUUCCUCCGGGAGCUGCUGCUCAAGCCGCACAGCUAUGGCCGCUGCAUCCGGUGGCUCAAUAAGGAGAAAGGUAUCUUCAAAAUUGAGGACUCUGCCCAGGUGGCCCGACUGUGGGGCAUCCGCAAGAACCGCCCGGCCAUGAACUACGACAAGCUGAGCCGCUCCAUCCGCCAGUAUUACAAGAAGGGCAUCAUCCGCAAGCCUGACAUCUCCCAGCGCCUCGUCUACCAGUUUGUGCACCCGGUCUGAGGGCUUCGGUCCCGGCCUGGGCCAGACCCUGGGCUGGAGGAGAUGCGGCGGGCUGCCAGCCUUUUGGAGUCCAAGGUCAGGGAGGGGGGUAGCCUGUUGCUCCCAGGUUGUCAGUGAGCCCUCGGCAGUCUGGGAGAGCGGAUCCCUGGGGCAGGGGCUUCUUCCUCAGGCCUGACAUGCGCUGACUGGUCCACUGAAGGAAGCAGGGAACCAGGGCUACUCUCAGUGUCCCUGGAUCUGUCCCUCUGUGUGUGAAUGGUAGGGGGUGGUGGUCAGGGGGAGACCAUUCUCCAAGGGCUCUGCCCCCCAGGUCUCCCAGAGCAGAGCCUACAGCACAGCAGUGACCUGGCCAAGGCUACCUACAGUUCUCAGCCUGCUAUAUCCCCCUGGCCAUCUAUU